UAAAUUUUAUAUGUAUUUUACCACAGUUAAAGAAAAAGAAUGAAUUCCAAGGUUCACAUUAGUUAAAGCUAAAGUGGCACAUAUAUAAAAAGAGAUCCAAGCAGGACCAUGCUACAACAUGGUGGGAUGGGCCCAGCUCCCAUGCCAGACCAGCAGUAUGAUCUGGGCAAUUGUCUAAUUGUUCAGUGUCACAGGUUUCUCGUCUAUAAAAUGAGUAUGAUAGUCUCUGCCCUCCCACUGCCCAGAGUUGUUGUGUGGCCUGGGAGAGUGGGUUUGGGAAAGCUCUUUGUAAACUGUAAAAUGUCACGCAGAAUCCAUGCAGUGUCUGCAGAAUCCACUUCAUGCCUGACUCAGGGGUCAGAGCUUGUGAGCUAUUCCAGGUGGGGCUACAACGGGCAUUUCUGGUGUGUGGCUGCUCAUUUCCAGCUGUGUCUGACCUGCAGCUUAUUGGAGUCCUCCCAGGCUCCGGUGGGCAGCUGCUAGGAUGUCUUCUGCAGGGAUUUGGGGCUGCAGUCUGUGUGCACACCCAGGAAGACCUCACAGCUUUUCUCAGCCAGGGACCAGGAGGGAAUGAAGCUGUAUUGUAUGUGAUGAGUUAACUUUUCACCUGUGCAUUCAGGAUUGUCCCAGGAGAUGUGAGAAAAUAGACACACAUAAUUUCCUGUGUUCUGUGGUUCCAUGAGGAACCCUAGUUGAGAAAGGCUGGGACCUGGCAGACCCAGAAGCCCCCCACCUCAAUCCCUACCCCAAAUUUGGUCACACAGGGAGCUAGAGGCCCAGAGAGGUGGGACUGGUUCAAUGUCACACAAAGUUGAUGCAAAGCCAGCACUCUAAACCAGGUCCCCAAAUGCCAGGCUAGGACAAGGUGAUGGGUGACACGACCAUUCCCAUUCCUUCUACAUUUUGAAAAGGGAUCAGUUCCAGGCACUGGGUUUCCCAUUCUGUUUGGGAGACUGCAGUUGUUGAGCUGUCUCCCCAGACAACCAUGUCUGCAAGAGCAGUGGGCUUGGGAGGCCUGAGCAGCGCCCUCCUUCCUUGAGCCCUGAGGUCGCAGCUCUGGCUGGUUCGGGGCUGUGUGUGUGGCUAAGUGCACCGUGGCCCUGGCAUGCUUGGAGGAGGGGCAGCGGCUAAGUGGUUUCUGAAAAAGGGCAAAAAUGAUGGGAAAGACUUUGGGAUCCUCUGGGAAUCGGAGCCGCAGCAAUAGCAGCUGCUGCCAUUGCUGGAAACGUUUUCCUUGAGCGCCAGAGCGCUCACAGCCCAUUCCUGCCAGCCGAGCAGCUGUGGCCAGGGAGGGGCCAAGGACCGUCACAGAGACAGGGCAGGUAACUCUUCUCCCCACAUCAGCCCAGCUCACUCUUCAAGUAGCACCGGCCUUGGAGCUCACCGGCACCCACCAGAGCUCACCGGCACCCACCGGGUCUGGGCUGUGCCUGCAUCCAGCUGGUGAGUCCCUUUUGGUGUUUGAGGGCCAAUGCAGAUGUUGGCUUUAGAAUGGCAUAGUGAGCGUCAGAAGCUGGGCCUUACCUCUUUCCGGCUGUGUGACUAUGGGCAGUUCAACUAGCCUCUCAGCACCUCAGUUAUUCCAUCUGAAAACUGGGGAGAGUAGCAGUGGCUGACUCGAAGGUUGUGGUGAGGCGUCAGUGGAGCUGUAGCUGUGGUGCACUUAGCCUGGCUCCUCGCAAGGACUUGGUAAGUGAUAGUGGCACUUGCCAUCAUCAGGGUGUAUUAUUUGCACCAGAGUCAUCCUGGGGCGGAGAGGCUGUGGCUGCUGCCGAGGCCGGUGGUUUGUGGCUGGAGGUUUCAGCGUGUUGUCCUCUCUGGAGUGAAGGAAUGCUGGGCUGGAGGCAGGGUUCUUGUCCAGGUUCCACUCUCUCUCUGCUUUUGGCAGAGUUCCUCUGGCUUUUCGUCCGCGGGUUGGGAAACCCCCAGGUCUCCAUCUCUCUUUAAGAGAUGCUCAGGUAGGCUGAGGGGAUGAAGAUGGUCAGGACUGGGUGCUGGACCAGCUCCCAAGAGCGUGCAGGGAGGCUGGAGCCAGACGGAUGCUUUGGGCAGAGAGGGGGGCGGGAGAGCCAUGGCCCAGGACGUCUCACCUGGAUUAGGGAGAGAAGAAGGGGGGCUUCUCCCUGGUGGUGGGCAGUGUCCUUCCUGGUUCUGGAGUUGAGAAAGACCCAGAGGGCAAACCAGUUCUUUACUGUGUUGGGUUGUUUUUCCAGGACCAUCCUUUAGUCCAGAUUGGGGAGUUUGUGAAUCUUGCCUGACUAGAACCACCAUCUCCAUCAGAAAUCCCAAAUCACCGUUGGAAAUGCCCCUAUCACUGUAGAAUGUUCAGCUGUGACAGGUGCAUUGUCAUGGGGCUCACAUGCUGGGCAUGCCCCAGGCCUGGCAGUGACAGACUAUCUUGUCCCUGUCCACCCUCCCAGUCCAGAGCAAAUGGCCUCUCAGUCCCCGUCCUGCCCUCUUCUCUGGGAGAAGCUUGGUUACCAGUCGGGAAUCAGGUGCAGGGUGUGCAGUGCAGAUUCAGGGUUUAUUGACUGACAGACUGAUGGUACUGUGUGGGCAGCCUCAUGUUUAUUGGAUUUGGUUGGAUUUGGACUGCACAGAGAAAGAGGCAAAGCUGCUAAAUGAGAACAUCGCUGAAAGGUUUGCAAAAAGAGGCUCCUGCUGAUGUGUGCUCUCUUGUUGGGCUGUAAGAGCUGCCAGUCAGGCAUCCGGUUUAUUCUUGGUUUUGCAGCCAGCUUUAGUCAAGGGGGGACAUUCCUGGGAGACCCAGCUGUGGCAUAUGGCCUAGGUCUUCCUCGUACUUCAUUUUGUGUUUUGAGUUUCCUGGGACUUCUGGUUGGAAGGGCAUUGUCCCUGCCUGCCUGGCUCCAGGGCUGGGAGGGGCUGAUCUGAUCGGCCCCCAGGCCCUGGUGUGAGGUCUGGGGCUGAGUUUAGUGGCCAAGAAAGAGCUCUGAGCCUUCCAGAGAGGUGGUGGAGGGCUGGAGAUGCUCUGGAGCCAGGCUGCCUGGGAUCAAAUCCAGGCUCCUCCUCUUACUAACUGUGUGACCUCGGGCAAGUCAUGUAACUGCUCUGUGCCUCGGUUUCCUCAUCUGUAGAGUAUUACCUCUCAGAGAUGUGAGAAUGAAGCGAGUGGAUGCAUGUAAAGCAUCAGAACAGUGUUUGCACGUGCUCAAACACGUCAAUUAUUUUCAUUCUCACUGGCCUCCUGUGCCUUUUAAAUGGGGACAGGCUCUCCAUCAUAUGAACAGUCCUUGACAGGAAGUUAUCUUCUGAAAGCACAGACUAGCACCCUGUGUUCAUGCUUCCGAAGCUUCUUAUGGCUUCCUACCAUCCAAGCAAUAACGGCCACCUCCUACUCCUUGGCAUUCAAAGCUGGCAGCCAUCUAGCUCUGAUCCUGCCACCUGUCCUCCAGUCUUGCUGGCUUCCUCUUGAUCAGCAACUCCAGGGAUCCCCAUCCUUUCCCCAAACGCCAGCCCCCCCCGCUCCCCUUCCAGGCCCAGCUCAUCUGUCACCUCCUCCAUGAAGCCUUCUUCAGCACCCUGGCCCUUCCUGUGGUCCCCCUGCCCCAUCUGGCACCUGGUUUCUGGUUCAGAUGGGGUCUGAGUCCUCUCUGUGCCCACAGCCCAGGGCCGGGCACCCAACAGGACUCAGUGAUGGGUGUUGAGUGAUGGGAUGAACCAAUGGGUGAGUGGUUGGAAGUGGGGCUUUCUGUGGCUAGGAACACUUCCUGCUGCAGGGUUUCCACCUGAUGGGUGGAUCAGAGAAAGACUCAGGGGCUCUGAGAGCAGAACAACAGGCAGAAGGGGAAAUGGACUGGCAGUGAGCUCUCUGUCUUGUCCACAGAAUGCAGCGCGGUGAGGCUGCUUCAUUUCCCCCCCAUAGAUCUGGGCAUCAGAUUAGCUGAUUUACUGCCAUAGCCCAGCUGUGUGCUCUGAAUUUUCACUGCUUGAACCUUUGCUUGAAAAUGAAGGCCUUGAGAAGCCUCCCAUUCCUCCAGUGGCUGUGUUCUGGACUCCAGCCACUGCUGGAGCAUCGAUCUCCCUAACUUCUAUGCAAAUGGGAACUAGAAGGGUCUGUAUCUGAUCCCUCUCAUUUUCCCCAUGGUGACCAGCAUAGCUCUUUUUAUUAAGAGGUGGAUCAGGCAAGCCCCUUGCCCAGGAGGAGGUCACAGGGCCCUUGUGGAGGAGGCAGCAUCAGUGCUGGACCCUGAGGGAAGGUGGCAUCUGAGCGGUGGUAGGAUCUGGGCAAGAGGAGAAGGAGGAAAAAGCUCCCCAAUUGGAGGCACCACAGGAGCAAAGGCCCCUGAGAUGUGGGUCAGCCCUGGGUACCAGGGUGGGGGUGCCCAGCUGGAUGGAGGGGAAGAGUAGGAGGUGAGUUUAGGAAGGGAAUGGAAAACAAUAUCAACACAAGUUUAUGGCCAUAUGUGCCAGCUUAACUCCAGGUGUUCAGGCCUGGAAGGCCCACCAGCCCCGAAUCACUUAAAGUCUAAAAGUUCAGGGCUAGGAUGCUUGAAUAUACUAAUUUCGCAAAAUGACAAAAAGCACAAAUGCCCCCUACAAACUCAGUAGUUACAAUGACCAGGUCGAAGAGCACAUGGUGGUUGACGGGGACACAUGGCACAGGAGGGGCCUGCAGUGUGGAGCGUGAGUUGCAGUCCCUGCUGGCCACCCUGUUCCUGGGACGCAGACGCCUGGCUGAGCUGUCCUCAUCACCAGUUCCUCCCUGAAGGCACAGCCAGCAACAGCCACUCCCACUGCUCCCUUAUUCUGAUCUCGGCGGGAGGCAGAGCAGGGGUUAGCAUCCCCACUCUGCAGACGAGGCAACCGAGGCCCAGAGAAGAGGAGCGACCCAACCAAGUCCCUCAGAACCUGACGGCUCCACGCUGGGAGGCCUGUGCAUCCCCAGAGGCUGAGGCCCAUGUGGCUGCUAGGCCUGCUCACCCGUGAAAGCUUCUCUUCUGGGGGGUUCGGAGCAGUGACUGUUGGACCUCUGGGAUGUCCUGCUUCACAGGAGCCUCUGCAAGGAGGGCAGUGGGGGCAGAAUCGUGUAGUCCUGGAGCUGGGAACAAACCUGAUCUCGGUGGCUGCCCACAGGCUGCCUCUUGGGCCACAGAGGAUCUGGCGAGGAUGAAGAAAUGGGGGAGCUCAGACUCAGGGGAUUCUGAGGACCUGCCCCAAGAGGACUCCUGCCCAGACCCCCAAGAUGGAGACCCUGACUUCAGGCCACCUCCAGCCAAACCCCCCAUCUUCCCUGUGACCAAGAGCCACAGUCAGCUCUUUGGGAAGUGUGGCUUGGUGGAAGCAUCCUCCACAGACUGCUCUUACGAGGAAGGCCACCCGGCCUCUUGCCCGGCCAUCACUGUCAGCCCUGUUGUCAUCAUCCAGAGGCCUGGGGAUGGCCCCAUCUGUACCAGGCAGCCGUCCCAGGACUCUGUCACUUCUGGCGCCCAGAAGGACCUCUAUGAUCGCAGGAAGAUCUUUGAAGCUGUUGCUCAGAAUAACUGCGAGGAGCUGGAGAACCUGCUGUUCUUCCUGCAGAAGAGCAAAAAGCACCUCAUGGACAGCGAGUUCAAAGACCCCGAGACAGGGAAGACCUGUCUGCUGAAAGCCAUGCUCAACCUGCAUGAUGGGCAGAAUGACACCAUCCCCCUGCUCCUGGAGAUUGCCCGGCAGACAGACAGCCUGAAGGAGUUAGUCAAUGCCAGCUACACGGACAGCUACUACAAGGGCCAGACGGCGCUGCACAUUGCCAUUGAGAGGCGGAACAUGACACUGGUGACCCUCCUGGUGGAGAAUGGGGCAGACGUCCAGGCUGCAGCCAAUGGGGACUUCUUUAAGAAAACCAAAGGGCGGCCUGGCUUCUAUUUUGGUGAGCUGCCCCUCUCCCUCGCCGCGUGCACCAACCAGCUGGGCAUUGUGAAGUUCCUGCUGCAGAACUCCUGGCAGCCAGCAGACAUCAGUGCCAGGGACUCGGUGGGCAACUCGGUGCUGCAUGCACUAGUGGAGGUGGCUGACAACACCGCCGACAACACCAAGUUUGUGACGAGCAUGUACAACGAGAUUCUGAUCCUGGGGGCCAAGCUCCAUCCUACACUGAAGCUGGAGGAGCUCACCAACAAGAAGGGGCUGACUCCGCUGGCUCUGGCUGCUGGGAGCGGGAAGAUCGGGGUCUUGGCCUACAUUCUCCAGAGGGAGAUCCGGGAUCCCGAGUGCAGGCACCUGUCCAGGAAGUUCACCGAGUGGGCCUACGGGCCUGUGCACUCCUCGCUCUACGACCUGUCCUGCAUUGACACUUGGGAGAAGAACUCAGUGCUCGAGGUGAUCGCCUACAGCAGCAGCGAGACCCCUAAUCGCCAGGACAUGCUCUUGGUGGAGCCGCUGAACCGACUCCUGCAGGACAAGUGGGACAGAUUCGUCAAGCGCAUCUUCUACUUCAACUUCUUCGUCUACUGCUUGUAUAUGAUCAUCUUCACCACGGUCGCCUACUACAGGCCUGUGGACGGCUUGCCUCCCUUUAAAUUGAACACCGUUGGGGACUAUUUCCGAGUUACUGGAGAGAUUCUUUCUGUAUCAGGGGGAGUCUACUUUUUUUUCCGAGGGAUUCAGUAUUUCCUGCAGAGGCGGCCGUCCCUGAAGACCUUGUUUGUGGACAGCUACAGUGAGAUGCUCUUCUUUGUGCAGUCGCUGUUCAUGCUGGGGACCGUGGUGCUAUACUUCUGCCACCGCAAGGAGUACGUGGCCUCCAUGGUGUUCUCCCUGGCCAUGGGCUGGACCAACAUGCUCUACUAUACCCGUGGCUUCCAGCAGAUGGGCAUCUAUGCCGUCAUGAUCGAGAAGAUGAUCCUGAGAGACCUGUGUCGCUUCAUGUUUGUCUACCUCGUUUUCCUGUUCGGGUUUUCCACAGCGGUGGUGACACUGAUUGAGGACGGGAAGAAUGACUCCGUGCUGGCUGAAUCCACGUCACACAGGUGGCGAGGGCAUGGCUGCCGGUCACCUGACAGCUCCUACAAUAGCCUGUACUCCACGUGUCUGGAGCUGUUCAAAUUCACCAUCGGAAUGGGCGACCUGGAGUUCACGGAGAACUACGACUUCAAGGCUGUCUUCAUCAUCCUGUUGCUGGCCUACGUGAUUCUCACCUACAUCCUCCUGCUCAACAUGCUCAUCGCCCUCAUGGGGGAAACCGUCAACAAGAUCUCGCAGGAGAGUAAGAACAUCUGGAAGCUGCAGAGAGCCAUCACCAUCCUGGACACGGAGAAGAGCUUCCUUAAGUGUAUAAGGAAGGCCUUCCGCUCAGGCAAGCUGCUGCAGGUUGGGUACACGCCUGAUGGCAAGGACGACUACAGGUGGUGUUUCAGGGUGGAUGAGGUGAACUGGACCACCUGGAACACCAACGUGGGCAUCAUCAAUGAAGACCCUGGCAACUGUGAGGACAUCAAGCGCACCCUGAGCUUCUCCCUGCGGUCAGGCAGAGGUACACCUGCACGGCUGCCUGCUCUGUGUGCGCAUGCGUACGGCUCUGCCAGCGCCCCUGGCCCCGCACCUGUCCUCAGUGCCCCAGUGGAAGCAGCUCAGCCCACAUCCAGCUCCCUGGGCGGGCCGGCCUCGUGGUGGGCUGCCCUCUCUCCUCUGCCCCUUCCUCACACCCAGCGUCUGCACUCAGCUCCGUGAGGCUUACGGACAAGUGGGGGCACGUGCACACUCCCCUCGCGUGGACACAGCCAGGCAGGCAGAGGAGGGAAGAAUGGGACGAGUAAAGGGUACAUCUUGGACAGAACAGCCCUGCGGAAAGUCACUGCCAGAAGCAAAAGCCUUGUUCUUGAUUCAGCGCUGGCUUGGUUGCUGUAACCUUGGACUGUCUCCCAGAGUGCUGACAGCGUUGAUCUCGAAGUGUCUGCGUGUUUUUCUGAUGUUUUGUGGAGGCCUGGGUGUUUGGAGCUGUCUACCUCGCCUUUUGGCUGAUGUCGCUAAUUCUUGACAUGAACAAAGAAUGAAUCAACUGUUGAUAGUUUGCUUUUUUUGGCAGGGUGGGGGAAGGGGAGUCAGUUUUCAGACCAACUUGCCUGACAGCAUGAUGCUACAUCUAUCAUAUUUGAUAUCGCUCCAUAGGGACGCUCAUUUUUAUAUUUCAUAAACUGUAAAAAAGACCAACUUCAUUGAGGUGUAAUUUACACACAAUAAAACAUACACAUUUUACACAUACAGUUUGAUAGGUUUCGACAAAUAGAUACAUUCAGGCGCGCACCACCCCGCUCAAGAGAGAAAACAUUCCCAUCAAGGCAGAGAGUACCCUCCUUUGUGGUCAUUUCCACCCUCCCCAUCCCAGGUAACUAGUUAUCUAUUUCCAUCACUAUAGAUUAGUUUACGUCAGCUAUUGUUCACCUGAAAACAUUCAUGUCACCCUCACAUUUGAAGAAUAUUUUCAUUGGGUGUAGAAUUCUUUGGUUUUCAGUAGUUUGACUGAGAUGUGCUCAGGUAUGAUUUUCUUUGGUUUUAUCCUGCUUGAGGUUUGCUGAGAUUCUUGCGUCUGUGCAUCAGGAGAUUUCAUCAAAUUUGGGGAACAACAUCUAUUUUGCUUCAUUCUCCCUCUCUUCUCCUUUUGGGACCCCAGUUACAUGGACGUUAGACCAUCUGAUGUCGUCCCAUAGGUUUCUGAGGCUUUGUUCGUUUUUCCUCACUGUUUUUUCCCUGUGUUCCUCAAAUUUGGUGAUUUCUAUUGAUCUGUCUUCAAGUACACUGAGCCUUUUCUCAGCCAUCUCCAAACUGCUAGUAAGCCCACACAGGGAAUAUUACAUUUCAAGUAUUGUGCUAUUUGCUUUUAGAAUUUCUAUUUUGUUAUUUUUUACCGUUUCCAUUUCUCUCCUGAGAGUGCCUAGCUGUUCUGUCAUCAAGACCAUAUUCUCCUUUGGUUCUCUGAACGUAUUUAUAAUAGCUGCUUUACUCUCUCUGUCUGCUAAAUCUGCUAAGUCCAACAUCUGGGCCACCUUGGGGUCAGUUUCUAUUGACUGCCUUUUUUCCUGACUGUGAGGCACAUUUCCCUGUCUCUUUGCACAUCUUGUAACUUUUCCUUGUAUGCUGGGCAUCGUGAAGAAUGUGUUGCAGAGACUCUGGGUUGAAUUUUUGUUCUAGUUGGCUGUUCAGUUACUGAUGAAUCACCUUGAAAUUGUGUAGGCUGAGUUUUAAACUUUAUUAUGAUAGAUCUGUGGAAAUGCCGAGGUGUUUGCCAGUCCCAUCAAGCUGGUGGGAUUCAACCUCCUGACUGUUUCCACUGAGGAUCUCGUCAGGACUUGGUAUUAGCGUUCGUUAGGGUGGGUCUUGAGUAGAACUUACUCUAGGGCUGUAGAGUAAGGAGGGCAUUUCUGGCAUCUCAGUUUGAUCCUCAGAGUAGGAUAAGGGUGUUAAGGAGGUCUCUCCACUCUCACUGGGCUGGACCUCCAGUGUCCCUCAGUGCUGCUCAACCUCCAGUGUCUCUGUCCCACUUUCAACCCCAUAGCAGCCACUCUCUGGUAAGCCUCAUGCAGUCUCACCCUGAGCAAGCUCAGCCCAGCUCAGCCAAGGACCUGGGGGCACUCCGUCCCAAAGACUUCUGGACCUCUACACUGCAGCUCCCAUCUUUGUCUUCUCCUCCACCUUGUCCCACAGAUUCUAGCUGCUUCAGCUGCCCCAAACUCUGAUCUCUUUUCCUUAGCUCAGAGGCACUGCCAUGCUCAUCCUGGACUCCUGCUCACUGCGUGGUAGUCAGAGAGCUUGUCCCCGAGCAAAACAUUGGGGCCAUCCUGGGGCUCACCUUAUGAAUGUCACCUCUCUCAGCAAUGGCCGUUUUCACUGCCUGUUUUCCUGUGCCUGAAAACAUUGCUGCAUGUAUUGUGUCCAGUUCUGUGAUUGUUUACAGCAGGAUGGCUAGCCUUGUACUGGAUACCCCACCAGAGCUGGAAGUAGAACUCUAUCAAGAGGCUUCCUUUUGGAAAACUACUCAAUGGCUUCGUCAGUUUUCCCAGAGGCCUCCUGCAAUCCUGUUAUUUUUCCACAAGUCGCAUUGGAAGCACUUCCCAUGUCACGUCACAAUACUUAUUGAUGAUCUCUUCUUCAGUUGUUAGCUGGUCUAACUUUGCCACAGAGCCAUUGGAAGAUGGU